AUGGCGACAAAAUCGCUUAUUGUUCUUCAAUCGCCGACAGUGAGUAUUUCCUUUCCAGAAACACUUCUUCAAAACCCAAAGACACGGACAACGACGUUGUUUGACAUUUAUAACACACACCAAGUUGCCGACAAAAGCGCGAGUGUUGGUGUGAUAGAAGACGACUGGUCUGACUUUGAGAUGGAGGAGCUGCGCGCACUGAUUUUUUACUUGAUGGACCGUCCUUAUGUGAUGGUGUCUUCUGACGUGAAGAGUGUGAUCCCACAAAUUGGGGUGUUGGUUAAACAUGGAGUUGGUAUCAAUGAGGCUGUGUCGUAUUUCAUGAUUGAAAGCAAGUUGGAGGCAGUGAGAGUUCUUGUGAAAGGGAUGAAUGAGGAACUUUCGAAUGCGAUUCAAAACAACAACAAUGUGGCGGAUAAAGUAGUGAUACAGAAGAUGUUUGCUGAAGUUGAGAAACAGAAGAAGACGAUAGUGGGGAGGUGUCCACGAGAGAUAGAAAACAUCAACGAGUGGGCAAAAAUGAAUAUGCUGACCCCUGUUUCUGGGAGCAUAUCUCCACGAUUUGAUACUUCGAUGUCUCCAAAGAGUCACGACUAUUUCGAAAAGAAUGUAAUAAAGAAGCCAAUGGGGCGUGGGAGGGCAGAGACGUGUUUGAGAUGGGGAC